UGUAUCGUUAGUGACAAUACCAUCAGCUUCCACGAAAGUCUGAGUUCUCAUCGCCAUGGAAGAUGUGACGUUUGAGUCCACGAGCACUGACGUGGAGAGACCCGAGCUUGGUCACUUGCCUACCUGGAGCGUUUCGACACAUAAGUAUGGCUUUGGCGUGGACAACCUCAGGGAUGGGAACGAUAACACGUUCUGGCAAUCAGAAGGACCCCAGCCACAUACCAUCGACCUGUCAUUUCCUAAACGAGUCUUCAUCUCAGCCAUAUCACUUCAUACAUCCCAUCCGCGAGAUGACUCGUAUACUCCAUCCAAAAUAUCUAUCAAGGCAGGCACCAGCAUCCACGAUCUACAGGAGGUCCGCUUCUGCGAAUUCUCCAAGCCCAAUGGAUGGAUGCAUAUCCCUCUGAGACCGAUGGAUUCCUCAUCAGAAGGCCAAGAGAUCGACGGCCCGCCGAUACCCGCUCAUCACCUUCGUAUCUUGAUACUCGCAAACCAUUUGAAUGGCAAGGAUACCCACGUCAGAGGUCUGAAGGUCUUCGGGUCGCCAGUUCAAGCGAAUGCCCCGUCGUCUCUCGAUGCUAGCGAGGCUAAUACUCCUACAAGAGCUACUGCGGCCGGAAAGCGGUUACUCGAACUGGGGCACGAUGGACUGUCAGACUUCACAUCGCAGCAAUUCAAGAUGCACGAGUUUAUUCGGUGACUGGGCACGGCCAGAUCCAAUCUGCAAGAUAUGUUGUUGUUGUAUGCAUUUAAGGAUACAAGCCAU